AUGAUAGCAGAUAGCAAUGACCUGCAUAGCAGCCCACCUGGGAAAGACUGGCAUGGACUUAGCCGGGCCGUCCCAGUCCAACUAUCCCCUGCGGCGCUCCGGGCGCCCCCCAGCACACUCCCAGUCCAACUAUCCCCUGCGGCGCUCCGGGCGCCCCCCAGCACACUCCCCAUCGUGGGCAGCCAGAGCUCCAAGGCUCCCCGGGGCGACGUGACCACCGAGGAGGCAGCAGGCACUUACCCCGCGAAGGCCAACGGACAGGAGAAUGGCCACGUGAAAAGUAAUGGAGACUUAUCCCCCAAGGGUGAAGGGGAAUCGCCCCUGAACGGAACAGAUGAGGCAGCUGGGGCCACAGGCGAUGCCAUCGAGCCAGCACCCCCUAGCCAGGGCGCUGAGGCCAAUGGGGAGGCCACCCCCAAGGAGACCCCCAAGAAGAAGAAGAAAUUAUCUUUCAAGAAGCCUUCCAAAUUGAGCGGCCUGUCCUUCAAGAGAAAUCGGAAGGAGGGUGGGGGUGAUUCUUCUGCCUCCUCACCCACAGAGGAAGAGCAGGAGCAGGGGGAGAUUAGUGCCUGCAGUGAAGAGGGCACUGCCCAGGAAGGGAAGGCUGUUGCCACCCCUGAGAGCCAGGAGCCCCAGGCCAAAGGGGCAGAGGCUAGUGCUGCCUCCAAGGGAGGAGACACAGAAGAAGAGGCAGGGCCCCAGGCUGCAGAGCCGUCCACUCCCUCGGGGCUGGAGAGUGGCCCUACACCGGCCAGCGCUGAGCAGAAUGAGUAGCUGGGUGGGGGCAGGUGGGUGAUCUCUAAGCUGCAAAAACUGUGCUGUCCUUGUGAGGUCACUGCCUGAACCUGGUGCCCUGGCUGCCUUCCUGUGCCCAGAAAGGAAGGAGCUAUUGCCCCCUCCCAGCGACGUCCCCUCUCCUC